UGUACUGAGGAUUUAUUAAACGAACAUGAGCUCAAAGUUGUUUUUCCAGUUUUUUGCUUUAAAUCACGACAAGCAUUAAAACAUAUUUACAGUGCCGGCAAAUGAAGAUGAAGAAAAUGUUGGAUAUCAAAGCAAAUAAUACCAACUCACUCUUGUACAUUGAAAAGGUAAAAAAGGCGCGACAAGAGAGCAGCAAAGGUGAAAAAUAAUAAUGAGUAAGAGAAGUUAUUAAAGUGCAGUUGAUGCUGAUAAUAUGUGAAAGCAUAUAUAAAAAAUAUAUAUAAAAGGUGUAGAACCAUAUCAACAGCGCAGAGAUUAAGCGAUAAGUGUAAUCAGUUAAAUAUUUAAAUAAAAAAAUGAAGCAAAAUAUGUUUUUUGUUAUUACGAAAGUGUUUAUAAAAAGUGAUGUGUGUAAUGUAGAAAAAAUGCUAAAGUGCCAGUGCCAAUAAAACCUCGCAGUGCCUACUUAUUGUGAAGUCAUUUAAAAUAGGUGUUCUAUAAUAAAAAAAAGCACACUGCCAUUUUCAUAACAACAUAACAGAAUGUAGUGAAAUUUAAAAUCUUUACAACAAAGUGUUUCAUUUUGCAUUUAAACAACAAUCAUACGUAGCAAAAAAAUUUGCCGGUCUCCCAUACAGCUUGCGAAAAUCCUACACAGAUAAUUCAAACAAAAAUACCCACUCUCUGUCGACUUAAGCACGCUGAGAGCCGAAGAUGCCAUUCGUACAGCGCGUCGUACAACCGACGCGGCUGGCGUUAGCUUCCGCCUCCAGAGGUGACGAGCGCACGCGAACCGCCAAAUUCCAUUGCACGCCCGGCAAAUGUAAAAACAACAACUGCAUUAAUAAACAAACUGCUACACAACAAAUGAGCGUAGAAAAUGUGAGAGAGGAAGCUUGCAUUGAGAAUGGUGGUGUAAUUUCAAGGACAACAGCCAUGGCCAAGGACACUGCACAGCAGCAGCAGCAACAGCAAUCAAGGAGCUUGGCGGCAACACCCACCGCGGGUGCUAACCACACCACCGUUACCCGUGCUAUAAUACACGUGUCGCAACAAAACGGCGAAACGACGAGUACACUUGGUUUCACAGCAACAAAAACAACUGCCACAUCAGCGCCCACCACGCCAAUGCGCGAUGUAGUCGAUUGUGUAUCACCACAUCUUCAUCAUCAUCAUCAUAAUCAUCUGCAACAACAACUACACAAUCAAACAAACGGUUAUACAUGCAGUUUCAGUUAUGCCACCGAUACAGAGGAAGACAUUUCUGUGGCAUCGACCACUGCAGCAGCCGCACCACUCUCAUUAAAGAAGCUCAAACAUCAUGUGGAAUUCCUAUCCACCGCACCGUCACCCACGCGUAGCACCAGCGCUGGUGAUAUGGCCGCUGGUCAACAGCAGCCAAGCCAACGUCAAUUACAACAAUUGCAACGACAACGUCAACAGCAACAACAGCGCACACAAUCGCCAACAGCAGCGAAAAUUGUCUCCGGUCAUGAAUUCGAAUCCAUCAGCAAUCUCACCUUGAGCAAUGCUCUACGCCAAUUGGCAUCCCUAGUGCUAUUAGCCAACGAUAUUUUUGAUGAGCUGCAGACGGAGCUGCUGUCGGUUGGUGAACGUGCGCGCACUGUGCAACGUAAAAUCAUCGCUGUGGAGCAGCGCGUCUCCGCCUACGAUCCGAAGAUGGUCACAGUUCCUGAGAGCGACCUCUUAACUUUCGCGCAGCGUAAAACGCAUUUCGAGUGCGACAAGUCGAUUCGCAAGGAGCUCUUCACCGCCACCACACGUCCGCCCAGUGUACGCGUACUCUAUGAGGAGGCGGCGCGCGUUAGGCCAACACCGCCCGCCCUCGCCUACCACUCGCCGCAUUCGCCACGCUCACUUACAUCGCCCGUUGGUGCCGACGAUGCCGCCAACGCGGAUUGUGCGCCACUGGAUGGCAUGAGCGUUUGCUGUGACUGCGAUGAACUGGUUUGUACGCCCGUCUUUGGCAAAACCAAUCGCAAGAUGCGCACCAGAAUUGAUGCUGAAAUUGAAAUAAGAUUGCCCGCCGCCAUUGAAGAUCUCCGCAAGUGGACAUCGAGCGAAGCGUUAGGUGAUAUGACGGUCACACCCGAUUGUAUGCAUCAUGUUGACACGUCCAUUAGCACCUCGAUGGUGAUCGGCGAUAAUGGGGUAUUGACACCAGCCCUAUCUCCGUCCGUGCUGUCGGCCGACGCAGUCGACGCACUCUACGCCAUAAAUGUCAGCCAAAUUGGCGACAAUACGCAACUGCCUAACGAUAUAAAUAAUGAUGUGCCUUUGAAUCAUCGACUGCCUUCACCCGAGGAACAAUGUAAAAUAAUAGCUUUAAGGUAUCCAGCCGAAGUGAUCUCGGUGGACACGUCGGGCAAACGUUUCCAGCGCAUGUGUGCGGCGCGCAAAUCGACAACCGGUUGUUAUACCGGCAACAUGGCCGAGACGAACAAUUUGAACGAUGACGUACAAACGGUGAGCCGACGUUCACGUUCGCGACGUGUACGCGGCAAACGACGUAACACAAUCGCCGGCACCGAUCAGAAGGAAAUUCAAGAUGCGGCAAAUGGUGACUCGACAACAACAAGCGGUGAGAUUAAAAACGCAUUAAACGACGUCGACGGCACCGUUGCCGCCUCGCAGGGCAAUGCCAAUCUUCCCGUAGGAGCCAACGCCGAUGGCAAUGACGAAGAUGUGCGUCGUGGCGAUAAAUCGAAAAAGUUCGGGCGCAGCAAAUCGAGCGAUAUCUUAAAAAAAGAUGCUGUUGCCUUGCCCUACGAUAAGGGGAAGAGCACAUUGACACGCCUAAAUUCCCUUAAACAAUGGGGCCGAAAUCGCUUCAAGUUUAUGCAACGCGCCGAGUCAGCAACGCCGUCGGGCAGCGAUAGUGGCGCCCAUGAUAUAUCGGCGGGCAGCAGCAGCAGCAGCAGCAAUAGUUCGCAACAACAAACCAUUACGCCUGAAAAAGCGGAGGUCAACAGCAGCGGUAAUGUGAAUGCAAGCAAUUCAGCUAAGGCAAGUCAAUCAACGCGUAGCGCCACAGGCGAUAUUGAUGAUGAAUGCGUUGUGCAUGAUUUGGUGAGCCAGAAGAGCGAAGGUCGGUUUUCGCACGAACGAAAACCGUCAUAUUCGUCGUCGGAGAAGAGCAUGAGUGUUAGUAGCAGUGGUCACCUCAAAGGUAAACUGCAUCUGGCCACCUGUGGCAAUGUGAAGUUGCGUGAUACCUCAUCGUUGAAUCGUCAACGACGACUCGGUAUCAACAACAACGGUGCAUUGGGCGGCAAGGAUGAGCAACCGCAUUCAUCGAGCGGCAAUUGGAGCGCCAGCUCGGAGUCGGGACGCGCUUCGAUCGGUAGUGAAAUCACUAUACAACCCAAAUCGAGCGCUUCCAAUACAUCGCUUAAUGUAUCAAGCUUUCAUCCGGGUAGUGGUCCGCCAUCGUCUAUGAUGAGCCGUCGUCGCUUCUUAAACACUUCCGCUUCGAGUAGUGUGACUAGUGAAGGCACCGCGACGCCCGAUUUACAAGUUGUUGAUGGCUCAUAUCCUAAUCAUUUGGAUGAUGAAACAAGCUCGGCAUAUUCGUGUGAUACAGAGGGCUACUACACCUCAUUUCACAUGGAUAGCGGUUUGCGGACACUAAAAGAGGAAGAUCCGCCAAUGACACCGUUGCAACACAAUCAAAUGCUGCACACAAGUAAUUAUUCGUUCGGCAGUCAGUCCAAUCAGACCGUAUUGACGGCAGAAAAUGAAUAUGAACUCUUCGGCAAAGGCUCCACAUCCACCACCACCAGCUCGGCGGGCACUGUUUGCACCACACUGUUGGUGGGUGGCGAACAGAGCAGCCUAAAUAGCUUGGGCCCCGAUGUGCCCGAACGCAUUAGCUCUUUGGGUAAGUUGAACAAGAAUAAUCACAGCAAUAGCGCAAGCACCAGCACGCUUGAACGCAGCUACUCCAGCAGCACAAUAGGUAGCACUUUAGAACGCACUGGCACCAUAAAACGUAACGUUAAUGCCGGACUUAAGUUGAAUACCACCGCUGAUGCGGAUGAUAUUGAUGGCAUUAAGAGUAGUUUUGAUACGCCCGAGUCGCAAGAAGAAGAAUUUGACUUUGAGAAACGUAUACGCCGACGCUCUGCACAACCUUUGCCAGCGGUGGUCGUCAUGUCCGAGGUAGACUGCUCCGAAAGCUCCGAUUUGGAAGGUGUGGAACGUAUUGAACGCAUUAAACAGAAGACUGCCAUUAACGUAAAGCGCAUACCGUCUAUGUGUAUCAUAACACCAACCACUAGCGAUGACGAGAACCAAAGCAGAGAUGGUGGCGACGACGAUGCCGACGAAGCUUACGAUCCAGACCGCACUUUAACACCACAAAGCUCGCCAUGUUCGAAAGCAGCAGAAACCGCCCUUAAAGUGGAAAUAAACGAAAUGACCGGCUACUGCACUGUGGAUGCCGACGACACGGCGAAUAAAGUAACGGAAGCGCCACUCACCCCUACAAAGGGCGACAAAGACCACAAUCUAAAUGUGCUCAAACGUAAUUCAAAUUAUGCAUUCAACAUGUUCGAAAAAUUAAAGGUCGUCUUGCCAAGUAUCAAACGUUCGCCCAGCAAAAGCUCGCAACCCGAGAGUGUGGUUGACGAUGAUGAGCUAUACGAUACAGCCGGCGAGUAUGUGACCAUUGCAGAUAUAAGCAACAACAAUCGGCACAAACAAAUGUCCGCUCAGAAGGCAGUGGGUGCUAGUAGUCUUGGAAUCUACUAUUCCAAUGACAUAGUUCGACGCAAGUUCGACAUUGCCUCCGCUUCCGCCGACGCUGCAACGAAGGCUAACGAGCCAGCUGCAGCGGCUGUGGAAGCUAGAAAGCGCGAGACUGAGUACGUUUCAUUGAAUGAGCUACCACAGCAUUUGCGUAAAGUUGGCGGCAGCUUGUACAGCAGCAGCACUGCAUUGAGUGCAACAGCCAACAAUGAAAUUACCGAUGGCAAUGCAAGCCAACAUGAAGCGAAGCACACAACAACAACGGCCAUGCACUGCGCAGAAUCCGCACAACAAAGGAAAUCAGUUGUUGAGUCCGCCGUGCCCAUGUAUGCCGAAAUCAGCGAAGUACGAGAGCAGUCUUUAGUCUCUCCGCUAACGCAACACAAGGGUGCACGCGUCCGUCUAAAUUCGCAGGGUAAAAUUAUUUACGAUUCCGACAGUCUGAAGCGACGCAAGGGUGCGCACACAACAUUCGCACCUGGACCAUAUGUAAAGGAAACUGAAAGUGCGCUGCCCGAAAUCAUCAGCGUCAACGCACAAACACACACGCACCCCUUGCAGGCGACGCAAUUGCAAGCACAAUCUCAGUCGCAGUCUCAGUCUCAGUUGGGCAGUGAAAGUGCAAACGCAACGAAAACGAAUAUUUCCGCAACGGCAAAAACAACAGCGGCCAAAUUGCUGUUACUAAAUGGUGGUGUAGCGGCGAACAGAAAAAUCGCCAAUGUGCGUCCCAUAGUUGCGAAGUCACCAUUAACAUUAGCCAGACAACAGCAACAGCAACCGCAACCGCAAGCAACACAGCCGAAUUACACCGGGCAGACAGCCAAUAAUCAGACAAAUAUGUCAUUGUCGUCUGGUUUGUAUGAGGAGCCCCGCGCCGCACUGGCGUACAGCAGCAGUUACCAGGACAACAAGAAUAUGCUGGCCAACAAUACAAAUCCAUUCUUCCAAACCAACAUCAUAACACAGCACAACGCAGCACCGGCAUCGGCGCUCAUGAUGAUGCCCUCACCAUCGACCAAGUCCACUUCGUCCACGGGCUCCACCAUAUCGUCGAGCGCAUCGACGAACACCAGCAGCGGCACAUCGAGUGCGUCCUCCGCCAAGGAAGAAGGUUAUCAACGUUUCUAUAGAACGAGAGAUCAACAACAACCACUGCCACAACCGCCAGUUGAUACGGAAACACAAUCAACGAUGGAGGCGGCGACGCCCUUCCAGCGCAACACACCCAUCUACUGGACGCUACAGAAUCGUAAGCAGCAAAAGCCGCCGCCGAGCAAUGUCACCUGCCGCGACGAUCUCUAUGCCACGCCCAUAAAACGUUCCGAACGUGUGGCACGCGCAGCAGCGGCCGCCGCGCAAAAUGGUGCGAACGGUUUGAACGGCGCUAGUAAUCUAUCGCCGAUUGUGCCGCGCAAUCGUAACGGUUUUCAAACAUCUACGCCAUCGCGCGCUGAUGAUGCCGCGGCACAGGCCUCGUUGAAUAAUUCUCCCUGUCGCCAACCGCUCAGCCGCAAUCCGAAUUGGGCGGAUGACAAUUCGCCGGAGCGCUACAACACUUGCUCGGAUCGCAUCGGCCACAGCAAGACCAGUUUGUUGGACUUCAAAAAGCUUUUGCUAGCGAAAUCGGCCAAAACGAGUCCCGUGCAGCGGAAACUCUCUGCAGUGGAGUUAUUGAAGAAAACGAGUCCGGCUAAUGCAGGCGCCACAGAAACAACGCCAGCCAAUAAAACGGGCGCCAUCAGCGGUACACAAGCGUUGAACAGCAGCAUGAAGCUGCUGGACCUAAGCGGCUCACCCAAAACCUUCGCCAAUCGACGCAUGCUGCGGCAAGGACAAUUCGGCUCACCAUCCAAAAGUUUUGCGCCCAAACUGAAGGGUGGCAACGCUGGCGGUAUAGCAAAUACGGUGCAGCGCACGAAUAUCAUGUCCACCACCAUACCGGAGGUCAACAGCGAGGAGGAUCAUUCCAGCACGGCGUCGAGCACGAACAGCUCAAACGCCAGUAAUGAACACGAGCCAGCGACGACGCCGAACGCAAUGACAAAUGCGUCCGACAGCAUUAACAGUCGCGCGUACGACUUGAAACGCAACUUCUUUCUACAAACCGAGGAAAAUAACUUCAUGCGCGGUGAAAUGAAACCGACUUUCGGCAGAAGCAACAACACGACGUCAGCAACAGCUAUAGCGGUUGCGCCUAUAGCGACAGUGGCUGCUGGUGCGGCCUUAACGAACAACAAAUACUACGCUGCACAGCAGCUGAGCGCCGCUAAUGGCAGUCCCUUGAGGACAGCGUCGAAUUUCGAAGUCAGUCGUCAUUUCGCAGCGCCAACGCCAACUUCGGGUGCAACGCUGACACCGGCAGCAACUGCGGCUGUUGCGCAUAUGCCGGCUUUGGAGACGGCGCUCUAAGCGUGCGUUUGAUAACGGUAGUACACUUAUAGGAAACGAACGAAAAGCAAUUUCGAAAACAAUUAACGAACGUUCAACGUAUUUUUUGUAUACCCCGUGAGGCUUGAAGGAAUUGCACAGUCAACGAGACGCGACGCGGCGCAAAGCGGAGACUGGCUGGAAAACGCUUGUUGCCAAUUUUCGAAAUAUUUAUUAAAUUAUAUGUUUUAAAUACACCCACACACACACACACACAUACACAGUUAACCGUUUGCUCAUAUACAGUUAUAAAGCUAAAAUGCAUAUGCUUCAGCGCGCGAAGAUAUUCAUUAAUGAGAAAUUGCAUAUUUACAAUGCAACAACAAAAACGAAACGAAAUUCUGUAGUAUUACAGCGACAUAUGCAUUUACAUACAUUUAAACAAAUUAAUAUAUACUUACAUAUACAUAUACAUAUUGCAUAUUGCAUAUUGAAUGCAUUUAAAUACAGGUAUUGGAUAGCACUUUACAGAGCCAUAUAUUUGAGAAUCGCACCGCACAGACAUCAAGCAAAAAUACAAAUAAAACAAAAAUCAGCAAGGCAUACUUUUAGGCGUUUAGCAUAAUAUGCACUUUAAGCACACACACACAUACAUAUAUAGAUAUACAUAUAUAUAUUGAUAAACAUAUUGACGCGCUUGGAAUUUGCAAGAAAAAAUAAAUUUAAUGGAAUUAACUGCAGAAACCUACACAAAAACAAGUAUUUCAAACACAAACUAACUUUCUAUGCAAAACUUAUGCUUCGAUUUUUGAAGUACACAGCCGCCAGCCUAAAUGUUAAGUAAUAAUCAAGUAUAUGUAUUAUGACAAGCAUACCGAUACAUAACUGGUCAUUUAACGCUGGCCGAACAUCUAACUGAGAACACAUAUUUAUACUGUAUAUUUAUUCUAUAGCAUAAGAAAAACAAAAACAAAAAAUUAUAAAAUUAUAAAAUUAUAAAAAAAUAUAAUUACAAAUACAAAAAAAUAACAACAAUUACAAAAAAAAAUAUAAAUUAUAAAAAAAUAAUUAAAAAUUACAGAAACAGAUACUUUCAAUUCCUAAACGCUGAAACGAUUGCCUUUUCUCUUCGUUUAAAAUUAACAUGAAAAAUAAUAAUUAAUAUUGCUGUAUUAAAAAUAGUAAUAAGUUUAAUUAAUUACUUAAUUUUGGCUAUAUUUACGCAGAAAAAUAUUAUAUUUAAAUUUUAACAAUAAUUAUUGCAAAUUAAAGCAAAUAAUUGUAAACAACCAGUUGCUGC